UCACAAUGGAGCAAGACCGAGACCAGGUGAUGCAGGUUGACCAAGCCAGUAUCUCUACUUCUGAAAAUGAGCCUCCUCGGGCGUCAUCCCGUCUUGAUGAAGAAAUGAAGGAAGAGAUCGCCUUAAACGUACGCAAAUACAAACGAGGAGGCUCCCGCAAGUCAUCAGCUACUCUUUCAAUAUCAAGCCUAAGUUUCCAGCAGUUGGAUAAAAUGAAUUAUGAAGAAAUAUUGCAACAAAAAUAUGACCAAUAUUAUGAACAACAUCACAGAGGAUAUUUUGAUGGAGCAGAAGAGGAAGGAGUCGAGACUGAAGAAGAGAUCUCCCCUGCAAUGCUAGAGGAUAACGAAGAUGAACUCAUCCGUAUCAUCAUGAAACGCUUUGUUGAUGGUGAGCUUGAUAAAUUUGUCAAUUACCAAGACAUUGACUCUUCAACUAAAUAUGACAAUUAUAAACAAAUUCAGAUAGACCAAGAGGAUCUUUACUUUGAUUCAGAGGAAGCAAGUGAGGCACCAAAAGACAGUGUCUACACUGGAGAGCAAGACUUUUAA